AUGCCUGGCAAAAUACUGGAAAGUUACGAUCACGUACCUGUGACCAAAGAAGAUCUGGACUGGGCGGAGCUCAUCACCCUUGACCUGAGCGAAUAUGAGCAGCCUGGGGGGGAAGGAAUCACUAGGUUCUUUUACGUGAAAAACUUUAAUAUCGGCCAAGAAGAAGUUGAUCGCCAGUUUGCCCUUGGUCGAGAGUUCUAUGCACUACCUCUUGAGGAGAAGCUCAAGUACCAUAAUGCAGAUGACCUAGUCAGGGGAGAAUAUAACGGGUAUCGACCAGCUGGUCACCGCAUUCUUGGAAAUGGAAUCAAGGAUAACGUGCAGGUUUACAAUAUUCCCAAAUUCGAUGGUUAUCACCAGCGACAACAACCCCCCGUUAUUUCCGAGAAUAUCGCCGAGAUUGAAGCCUUCAGCCGGAAAUGCCAUACAGAAGUAGUUGAGAAACUCCUCCGUCUAUUUGCCAUUCUUUUGGAACUUCCCGACGAGGAGCAAUUGGUACGCGACCACCAAUACGAUGUUCGCGGCGAGGAUCACCUGCGCUAUAUGCACUAUGCGGCACGCAGUGCCGAAGAAACGAGAAAGUCGGAACCCGUGGCAGCCCUGCAAAUUCUCAACUCCGACGGAAAUUGGAAGUGGGUGCGCCCGCAAGACGGAACUAUCACCAUCAACACUUGUGAUGCCCUGACGGCUCUUACGGGAGGGUUGAUCAAGUCUAGUGUUCAUCGGGUGCAUGCGCCCCCUGCGGACCAAGCGCAUGUUGACCGAUUGGGCGUCCUAUAUUUUACCCGCCCAAAUAAUCACGUUGUCCUGGAUCCUAUUACAAACAGCCCGCUCCUUGAGCGCCUCGGAUUGACGAAGAACGUUUUUACCGAGCUCGGCCAGCAUCUGACAACUGAGCAGUGGGUGAAAGUGCGCCAGACACAGCAACAGCGACGGAACAAAGAUGUUAAGGUCUCUGGUGAUGGGAAAUAUAGCUAUGGCUCCAAAGAUCUGGAGAUCCUUCCUGGGUUGAGUGCGAAGAUUUACAACUGA